GACGGAAGCACGCUGGGGGUGACCUCACCCUCCAACAUGGCGGCGGCGGUAGAUUAGGGCUGUGGGUCGAAGCAGUCACCGCCGCUUUGGGACCCUGUUGGAAGCAAUCGCCGCCGCCGCCUCAUUCAUCUCUUCUGGGGUAGGGGCCAGGGCCAGAUCCAUCCUCCUUCCAGAAGAUUCUUGUACUGUACCCCAGGAAGAAGGAGUGCUGCACAGAGAGGCCAAGAAGAAUCUGAUGCGACAGACUUUGCCUGGUUUCUCCAUCCAUAGUGGGGAUGGAACCCUGGGCCUUGCACAUGCCAGGUUUUACACAUCUGAAAGUAGACCUCUUGGGAGCUCUGUUGACCAACCCAAUGGCGUCCUCUACUACCAUGCCUCUAGGAUUUCACUAUGAAACAAAAUAUGUUGUUCUCACCUACUUGGGACUCCCUCAGGAGAAGCCUCAAGAGCAACAUCUUCUUUCACCCCAAGGGGUUCAACUAGAUAUAGCUUCACAAUCUCUGGACCCAGAAGUAUUUUUAAAAGUUAAAUCUGAAAUUGAAGAAGAGCUAAAAUCCCUGGACAAAGAAAUUUCUGAAGCCUUCACCAGCACAGGCUUUGACCGUCACACUUCUCCAGUGUUUAGCCCUGCUAACCCAGAAAGCUCAAUAGAAGACUGCUUGGCCCAUCUUGGAGAAAGAGUAUUGCAGGAACUGAAAGAACCUCUGCAUAAAGCAUUGCAAAUGCUCCUCAGCCAGCCAGUGACAUAUCAGGCAUAUCGAGAAUGUACACUGGAGAUCGCAGUUCAUGCCAGCGGCUGGAAUAAGAUUUUGGUGCCUCUAAUUCUGCUUCGACAAAUGCUUUUGGAGUUGACAAGACGUGGUCAAGAACCUUUGAGCGCACUGUUGCAGUUCGGAGUGACAUAUCUGGAGGACUAUGCAGCAGAGUACAUCAUUCAGCAAGGUGGCUGGGGCACUGUCUUUAGUCUUGAGUCUGAAGAGGAAGAAUACACUGGAGUCAUUGCAGAAGAUAGUAAUGACAUUUAUAUCCUGCCUAGUGACAACUCUGGACAGGUCAGUCCCCCAGAGUCUCCAACUGUGACGACUUCUUGGCAGUCAGAGAGCCUACCUGUCUCACUGUCAGCUAGCCAGAGUUGGCACACAGAAAGCCUACCAGUGUCCCUUGGGCCUGAAUCCUGGCAACAAAUUGCAAUGGAUCCUGAAGAAGUCAAAAGCUUAGAUAGCAAUGGAGCUGGAGAAAAGAGUGAGAACAACUCUUCUAACUCUGACAUUGUGCAUGUGGAGAAAGAAGAGAUACCUGAGGGUGUGGAAGAAGCAGCUGGGACUGCCUUGCCAGCCAGGGAGCUGCAAGAAGCAUUCACUGGAGCCCCUGCUCCCUGGCUUCCACACAUCACUGCCACUUCUUUGCUGGAAACGAGCGAACAUGAUGCAGAAAUGAUUGCAGUUGAGAAAGCUAGCCCUGCUCCAUCAUUGUUUGUAGAGCUGGAUGAAGAAGAGGUAAGAGCAGCAGCUCUGGAACCUAGCGAAGCAGAGGAGGGGGUGCCCUCUGCACUGCCAAGUGACACAGAGAUCCCUGUAAGGAAGAGGAGUCUUAGUGAGAAAACAUCCCCUGUUGCAGAAAGAAAGGCCCUACUGUCUUCUGAUGGCAAGUCUAUGCUGCUGUUUGGAGGGGCUGCUGCUGUGGCCAUCCUGGCAGUGGCAGUUGGGGUUGCAUUGGCUCUGAGAAAGAAGUAGCUGCUUCUUCAGAAGAGAAAGGAGACAAGAGGAUCUAAGGUUGACUUGUCCUUGCUGGAAUUUGAACUGGCAGCUGCCAAUGGGACAUUUGUGGAACACUCUGGGAGGAUUGGGGGUGUCCACUCAACAAGGCAGCAAUGGGAUCCACAUUUUAGGUCUGGAGAUAGAGGGUGUUCACCUUGGUCUGAUUGUCAGUUCCAAGGGCUUUGGCUCAUUCUAGAUUCAGACUCUUAUGAGUAAAGUAUUUUCUCUAGAACAGAGUUUCUCUGCCUUGCUGCUGUGGAUAUUUCAAGAAUUCCUUGUUGUAGGGGCCAUCCUAUGCAUGGUAGGAUGGUCAGCAACAUCCCAGCCCCCACCCACCAGAUGCCAGGAGCACCCCAUUCCCAGUGAGGACAACCCAGAAUGUCCCUGACAUUGCCAAAUGUUUCCUGUGGGCAAACUUAUCCCCCCAUUGAGGGCUACUGCGUUAGAGGGAGAGGCUUCAUUUAGAAAAAUCUGGGGUAGAUAUUUCCAGUGCAGAGGGCUUAGCUGUAAGCUCCACAGCUGUGGACUUGUCAGCCAUUCAUCCCCUUGGAAUUUCAUCUUUCCCAGUGGCCAUCCUGUGUUCUACAGCUGCUCCUUUUAUGCUCCCCUCUCCCCCAACACACACUUCCAUCUUUUAAAUGAGGGUGCUCUCCCCUCAUCCCACAACCUCUCAGGUACCACACUGCUCCUUCUCUUCCCCAUACCCCUUUUCAUCCUGAUCCUGAGGGCAAAGCCUCCUCUGGUGCCCUGGCCACCUCUGACAAAAACCCCUGAAGCUUCCUACAGCUUCUUGCAGCGAUGCUGCCUUUAAGGAUCUUUGAAGAAAACAUUUCAGAGACCUCGGGUCCCCUAACCUGGGAGUGCAAUUAACUGGCUACUGGAGAAUAGUCAUUUAGUCAGGGAUCACCCUGCUUUCCUAUGGUGACUUGCCAGUAGCACCUCUCGUCAGAUGCUCACUGUCUACCCCUGGAUUAGUACAUUUUCCCCAGUAUCUGGCCUCAGUCUUAGCAGUGGUCAUCCAGCUCCACUGUGGGUCUCUUAUGACAUGGUGAGGAUCAUCACCCUUGGGCUUACAGAACCAAUUGAGUCAUAUCUACUAUUUAAUGUACUAUCAUUGAAAUAAAAUGAUAAGUAUCUUUUUAUUACCUAAUACAAAAUAUCACUGAAACAAAAAGUUAGAAAAGGAAGCUUGUCUUUCAAGACUAAGAGUACUCUUGAGGUUCUAGUUUGGCCUUCAGAGGUCAAGAACUGAGGCUUCACCUGAAGUCCUCUUAGCCCACAUGUUAGGGAAAGAAACCAGAAGGACCCAAAGCCAGUUUGUGCCAGUUGAGAAUCAGCAUCAUUUUCAGGCUGAUCUUGUCCCUGGAGGAGGGGUGGAACUGUGUUCUUUCAUGCCUGAGGGCCACAGCAUCACUCUGCAGAGCACACAUGCUGAUAAAGUCAUCUCAGAUUUAUCUUAGUCAAUGUAACAAAUUACUUUUUAGAUCGUGAAAUUGAUAAUAAAAUACUUUAUCUACCCUGAUCAUUAAGACCUGAUGUUUUAAAUGGGAUUUCUUUUUGAAAUUUAUUUUUUGAAAUAAAAUCUCCUUAAAAGUUUUUCGAAGUUGGUCAAGUAGUGAUCCAAGCGUGUUUGUGUAACAGCAUCAUCAUACUUCGUGCUUUUUGCCACUGAGCUACCCCCUCCCCCAGCCCAUGCACUAUAUCUUUAUGUUCUGAUUUUCAGUGUCACAUCUAACAAAGUGGUGUUUCUUAAGGAUUUUGUUCACCUUGAUUAACAUAGCUAGAGGUGAGGGGAUGAAAUAAGGUUCAUGAAGUAAAGAUCUUUUUUCCUCUGUGGGUUCUGACAUUUUCAUGGGUUUAUUCUGUAUUCAAUUGCUAUUUUAAUUUAUUUUGUUUGCAUUACUUUGGAUUGAAUCCAGGGCCUUGAGCAUGCUAAACCAGGGCUCUACCACCAAGCUACCCCCCUGUCCCCCUUUUUUAAAAAUGUUAUUUUAAAAGAGAGUCUCACUAAGCUGCCAAGACUGGCUUCAAACUUGUAAUCCUUCUACCUCAGCCUCACAAGUAGCUGGGAUUACAGGUGAGUGACCCUGUACCUGGCUCUAAUUGCUGAAUUUAUGUUGGCAUAGGUUAAGAUCAGAGACACUGGUGAGUUAGGAUCUUGAUUUCUUUUUUCUUUUCAUAGUGAAACGUUCCCCUUCUGUGCAUUCUGACACUCUUAGGCUGUUCUGGUUAUGUGCUGGCAGGAUCCAGGUUCAUUUCUGAGCUGCCAAGAGAUAAUCUGUGGUUUAGAAUAUUUGGAUCCAUGUUCUCUGCAAAGGCAAGAAUAAGGAAGAAUUGUGAUAUUGAACUGGUUGCUUGCUGCUUUAUUUGCCCAGCUGUUGAACAUUAACCUAAAGUAAUUUGGUCAAGUAUAUUUUCAUUAUUUUUUUUUCCCCUCAAAUUGCCCUUCCUCUUUGGGGGAAACCUGUCAGCCAUUCGUCCCGUUGGAGUUUCAUCUUUCCCAGUGACCAUCCUGUGUUCUACUGCUGCUGCUUUUAUGUUCCCUCUUUUGGGGAGUCUGAUAGUAAUCAGCCCAUUCCUUCUUGUCCCCUGAAAUACAUGACAUCCAAGUCAAAACUAAAAGAAUGAUUCAGAAUAUGUCCAACUUCUUUAGGGGAUGCAAAUGUAGAAUUAAAAGUAUCACCCUGUUUUAUUAGUUAUGUAGAACUUUUCUAGUUCUAGUUUUCAGUGUGUUGGAGAUGGAACCCAGAUCUUUGAGCAUGCUGGAUGAGUGCUCUUUUACUGUACUAUGUCCCCAGUUCUCUAUAGAACUCCUUUUUUUCCCCCUUGCAGUACUUGCAGGAAAUGAAACCCACAUGUCAGUAUGGACCUCUUCUUAAUUGAUCUAGUGAAUGUAAUGAUUUCUGAUCACUUGACAAAAACCAGUGAAGGGUUCCUGAGAAAAACGUCAGAAUUAAAAAAUGCCAACUCAUCCUCUGUAUUAAUGUGCUAAUUCUGGGCCCAUAAUAAUCCGUACCUAUCAUGUGCCUUAGGAGGACUCUUGUGAUCAUUAUUGCCCUCUACGGAAUAGAUAAAGAAAUGCCACUGUCGACCUGGAUCAUGAAUUCCCCACUUGAAGGCAUCCUUGACAACUCUUCUGGCUUGUGUACCUGUCCCAUCUCCUAUCAAAUGCAGUCACUACUUGGGUUUGUUGUGUGUGUGGCAAAGGGGGGAUGGGGGGCCAGGGAGCGGUAAACAGUUAACCUGGAGAUGCAUUUUUGAACUGCAACUGCCAUUAAUCUUCUCAGCCUUUGUGCUGAUUCCUUCCAGUGAUAUAUAAAAGCAAUGCCUGCUCCUUGCCUUUUUCCCUGAAAGUACAAUAUGUAGACAUUUGAUUUUUCUCAUUUUACGAGUGCUUUUAUAGAAAUAAAAGUUUUUACAGGUGAGACGUGGUAUCCCUUCUUUUUCCUUUCUCUUAAUUUGUCUUCACAUAAACAUCUCUUUCAUAGAAUUUGAAGUGGUGAUCAUAUUUGGCAAGAGGGCCAGAGGCCAUCUGAUUAGUCACAGAAUCAACUUUCUAUGAAUGAAUCCCCUUUCCAGCAAAAUGCUGUAUGUCAGAACUAAGACCUGCCAUCAUCUGUGAGAACCACAUGUUUAGGAGGUGUGCUUUCCACAGUAGAAUGUCCUCUUCCUAAGGAAAAGAAAGGAAAAAAAAAAAAAACCUUGUGUGUGCAGCCAGUUUUUGCAAACA